AUAUUUAUCGAACAUAAUAUUUUAAUUGUUGAGAAUUCUGAUCUUUAUCCAAAUUCGAAUAACCUGAGAAAUACGUUCAACGUGUCGUCCAUGGCUCUCCUGUGUCUGCCACAUCUUCUGUCUCUUUCCCUUUCAUUUGCUUUCUCUAUGGUUCAGUCGCUACAACUUCUCAUUUACUCUUACUCUUCGCCUAAAUAAGGUAAGCUUUUUAAUCUUUCCUUUCUUUUGUUGGAGUUUUAUGCCGCUGCUAUAAGAACUAGAAUCAUCUUGGUUCCGUGCUGUUCAUGUUGUUAAAGGGAUUUUUUUCUUGACGGUGAAGUAAAAAAUGGAUCUCGGAGGUUUGGUUUAUGGGCUGAUCUCAUCUCCAGUAUAUCUAAUGACCAGACCUUUGUUUUUCUGCAUAUCUGCAUGUGUGUUCUGUCUUAGAUCAGCUCUUGUUACAACCUUUGUGUCUGCUGAUAUUGUGAGCUCUGCUAUUUGUUUCAACUUAAGUAUGAUCUGGAGAGCUGUGUGGGGCACAGUCUGGGGUUCUGUUCUCCUCUUUACGUUUCCGAUUCGAUUCCUGUUUUCUAUACCAAGAGAAAGACUGCUUGAGCAGAGUCUUUAUCAGUUGAGGUAUGAGCUGGAGAGUCUUGAAUUGAAUAGAAAAGAAAUAGAAGAUAAUCUGCGCGCCGCGAUAAAAGAAUAUCGACUCAUGGAACAGGAGUUAGAUGAACUAGAAGAUGAACAUGAUGGAGCCAUUACAAGAAUCAAAAAGCUAGAGGCUGAGCUGCAAGAACUUAAGGAGGAAAAUAUUAAGUUGAAGGAAGCUUGCGGAAAUGAAUAUUUGAGCAUGAAAGGCAAAAAUAAAGCAGAGGAAGAACCUAGUGAAGUCAGCAGCACACCAAAGCCAAAGAAUAUCCCUUAUGGGUCAAAGGAAGAAGCCGAGUUUACAUCUGUCGAAUCACCUCUUUAUCCAUUUGCAAAAGCGACAAUUCCGAAAGACGAAGAGCUAACACCAAGAGUUCUCGGGUUAGAGAGAAACGUUGCGGUUUCAAGAAGCGUGUUCAGUGCGAUGCUGGCGCUGGUCGUGGGGGUAGUAAUGUAUGGAGCCAAAGAACAAGAGCUGUGUACUCCACUUAUAGGAGCUCUCUUCACUGUGGUUGGUAUCUCUUUGAGAAGUGUGGUUCAGUUUUUCUCAACGGUUAAGAACAAACCGGCUUUAGAUGCAGUUGCUUUGAUGAGCCUCAACUGGUUUAUCGUUGGUACUCUUACUUACCCAACCCUACCGAGAGUUGCUAGAGUGGUGGUCCCACGAGUUUUGAGCACUGCUGGUUCGGUUUUGGCUUUGGUUCGUGGUGGCGCGGUCCCUUCGCCGCCAGAGAUUGUGAACUAUUUUGGUUAAAGUUGGUUAAAAUUUUGUGCAUAUACUUGCAUCCAUCUUUGAAUGUAAUUAUUAUAGUCUGGCCAAACAGGAUCGGGUCAACCGAACCGGAAUAUGAUGUGAUAAAUAAUGGUGUGAUAUAUGUAAGUUUCGUGUAUACAAAUCAUAUCAAAUCUUUAGGUGA